AUGGCUCCGCAGGGGGCCCGGCGGGCCCGGGGGGCCCGGGGCCGAGUCCGGGCUAGGCCGCCGGCCGGGGCGCGAGCCCGCUCGGCCGAGGACUGGUGGUGGGACCGACUGGCGCCGAGCGGCUCCGGGUACCACCUGCUGCAGUCGGACAGCAUGCUGCUUGUGCUGCCGGGGCCGGAGCCCGCCCGUGCCCGGGCGCACAGGCGCGCCCCCCGCCGCGCUCAGCGGCCGCCGCUCCCCGGGUCCCGUGCCGCCGGGGCCAAGGCCAAGCCCAGGCCCGCGCCUGAACCCGCGCCCGGACCCGCGCCGCAGCAAGGGCCCGACUCGGGCUGGGGCGACCGCAUCCCUUUGGAAAUCCUGCUGCAGAUAUUCGGGCUGCUGGUGGCGGCCGAUGGGCCCAUGCCCUUCCUUGGCAGGGCUGCACGCGUGUGCCGCCGCUGGCAUGAGGCCGCCUCCCAGCCUGCUCUCUGGCACACCGUGACCCUGUCACCUUCAGUGGCUGGCCGCCUCACCAAAACCGGGGCCAAAGCCGAGAAGAAACUCCUUGCUUCCCUGGAGUGGCUUAUGCCCAAUCGGUUCUCACAGCUCCAGAGGCUGACCCUCCUCCACUGGAAGUCCCAGGUACAUCCCGUGUUGAAGCUGGCCAGCGAUUCCUGUCCUCGGCUCACCUUCCUCAAGCUUUCUGAUUGCCAUGGUGUGACCCCUAACACUCUGAUCAUGCUAGCCAGAGCCUGCCCCCAGCUCCACAGCCUGGAUAUACAGCACUCCAUGGUGGAGUCCACAGCUGUGGUGAGCUUCUUGGAGGAGGUAGGGCCCCGAAUGCGCAAGCUGUGGCUGACCUACAGCUCCCAGACAACAGCCAUCUUGGGUGCACUGCUGGGCAGCUGCUGCCCCCAGCUCCAGCUCCUUGAGGUGAGCACGGGCAUCAACCGAAACAACACUCCCCUCCAGUUGCCUGUGGAGGCCCUGCAGAGAGGCUGCCCCCAGCUGCAGGUGCUGCGGCUGCUGAACCUGGUGUGGCUGCCUAAACCUUCUGGGCGAGCAGUGACUCCUGGCCCAGGCUUCCCCAGCCUCGAGGAGCUCUGCCUUGCCGGCUCCACCUGCAACUCUGUGAGCAAUGAGGCCCUGGGCCGCCUGCUCCACGGCUCCCCACUUCUGCGCCUGCUGGAUCUUCGAGGUUGUGCCCGAAUCACACCUGCUGGCCUGCAUGAUCUGCCAUGUCAGGAGCUGGAGCAGCUUCAUCUGGGUCUGUAUGGCAUGUCAGACCGGCUGACUCUAGCCAAGGAGGGCAGCUCCUUGUUGACCCAUAAGUGGUGCCACACUCUGCGGGAACUGGACUUGAGUGGCCAGGGCUUCAGCGAGAAGGACUUGGAGCAGGCCCUGGCUGCCUUCUCAGGCACCCCUGGGGGCUCACACCCAGCCCUGUGCUCCCUCAACCUCAGGGGCACCCGAGUCACACCAAGCACAGUCAGCUCUGUGAUCAGCAGCUGCCCUGGCCUGCUGUACCUCAACCUGGAGUCCUGCCGCUGCCUUCCGCGGGGCCUGAAGCGGGCCUACCGGGGCCCAGAGGAAGUCCAGUGGUGCCUGGAGCAGCUACUCACCAGCCCCCCCUCCCCCAGCUAGACACCCAGCCCUGCACCCUUUUCUACUUUUGGAUG